AUGAUGAAGGAGCAUAGAAUGGUAACGACAUUACAACAACAACAACAACAACAACAAGAAUAUAUUAAGAAAGAGAAAGAGAAAGAGAAGAUAACUAGUUGUUAUUUUAAAAGAGUAGAAGAAGAAGAAAUGAGUCUCCUUAGAAAUGAUCCAAAGUAUCAAAGAAAGAUGGACGAGAAACAAAGAGUGGUGAGCGAAAGAGACGCUUUUAGUAGUGGGUCGACGAUGAUCAACAACACCAACACCAUCAAUGGCGCCAACAACAACAACACGAGUAGCAGCAACAAGUCGAUUUCUUCGCUGUCACCUUCGUCACCGUCGUUUAUUAGAUCGAUAUUUAGUAUUGGACACGGUAGUAGUGGUAGCAGUAAUGCAUCAUCAUCAACGACAACGAGUGGGUCGUCACAUGUAAGAGGUGUGUCACCAUCGACCUCUCCCUUUUCAUCACCUCUAUUUAGUUCACCGGCCUUUAGCUUUUCUGCCUCUCCUAUUCCACCUCCACCUGUAUCCAUUUCAAACGACCAUACUACCACUACCACCUCUACUACUACCACCUCUACUUCGACCACUUCAACUACAUCAUCAUCCAAUAAUACCAUUACUGCCAUUAAUCCAAACCCAUUUAAAGCACAACCAUCUCAACAAUCAUCAAUUAGUCAAUUAAGAAAAUACGAUGAAGAAAACGAAGAAUUAAUUAAUCAAUUGAUAAUGGCAGAAAUUAGAGAACAAGAAGAUAGAGAUAUGGCAAGAAAACUUCAAGAAGAGAUUCAAUUUGCUGAAAGCGAUGAUGAAGAAGAAAUCGAUAUGUCAUAUGAAACACUAUCGAGAUUAGAAGAUGUAAAGGUUGGUGCAACCGAUCAACAAAAGAAAUCAAUUAAACAUAUUCAAUAUAAAAAGAAUCAUUUAUCAAAUGAUGAUCAUGAUCAAAGAUGUUUGAUUUGUUUGGAAGAUUUUAAUGAAUCUGAAUCAUUAAAAGAAUUACCAAAAUGUCAUCAUAUUUAUCAUCCACAAUGUAUUGAUAUUUGGUUAAGAAACAAAAACAAAUGUCCACUAUGUAAAGUUGAAUUAUAA